CGGCCCACACGCAACGGGCGGGCGCGUGGGAAGGCGCCGCUCAGCCAAGGCGGAGGGUCAGGGAGCCGCGGGGCUUGCGUUUCCAGGGACGCGGGCGGCACAGCAGCGCCCCCUGCCUGGCCCGGCCGUCGGGAUCGCCCCUUCCGCGAAGGGCGGAGAAGCGAAAGCAGAAAUCCCGAGGCUGGGCGAGUGCGGAAGCGACCACAGCGCAGCACGAGCCCGGACAGACAGCAGGCAGAGGCGGAGGAGCGGAGCAGGAGCCGAGCAGGGGGCCGCGAUGCGCGCGCCGCGCUGGCUCUGCGUCUUGUGCUGCUGCUGCUGCGUCCUCCUCGGCGACGUCGGCGACGCCAACCCGUCCACACGGAGCGCCAAGCGCAGGACGGCCGCCUUCCGGGAAAGUCUUAAGAGACAUCGAUACUUGAAUUCUGUGUUCCCUCAUGAAAACGCCACUGCUUUUUAUGGGAUAAAUCAGUUCUCUUACUUGUUUCCUGAAGAGUUUAAAGCCAUUUACUUAAGAAGUGAACCUUCCCGGUGCCCAAGAUACUCCUCAGAAGGACAGACUCCUGUUCCCAACAUAUCUUUGCCAUUAAGAUUUGACUGGAGGGACAAGCAUGUUGUGACAUCAGUGAGAAACCAGCAGACGUGUGGAGGAUGCUGGGCGUUCAGCGUGGUGGGCGCAGUGGAGUCUGUGCGGGCCAUUCGGGGGGCACCUUUGGAAGACCUCAGUGCCCAGCAGGUCAUCGACUGCUCCUACAGCAACUUCGGGUGCAGUGGAGGCUCGCCCCUCAGUGCUUUGAUCUGGCUGAACAAGACGCAAGAAAAGCUGGUGAGAGACUCGGAGUACCCGUUCACCGCACAGAACGGCCUGUGCCGUUACUUUUCCAGGGCACAGCCCGGAGUUUCAAUUCAAGGCUAUGUUGCCUAUGACUUCAGUGACCAGGAGAAUGUGAUGGCGAGAGCCCUCCUGCUCUCCGGGCCUCUGGUCGUGACCGUGGAUGCCGUGAGCUGGCAGGACUACCUGGGGGGCAUCAUCCAGCACCACUGCUCCAGCGGGAAAGCCAACCACGCGGUGCUUGUCACCGGCUUUGAUCGAACAGGCCGCACCCCGUACUGGAUCGUACGCAACUCAUGGGGCAGCUCGUGGGGUGUGGGGGGCUACGUCUAUGUGCGAAUGGGAAGCAACGUCUGCGGCAUCGCGGACUCUGUUUCUGCUGUUUUAGUGUGAUGUGCGGGAGACAUGAGGAGAAGGAAACUGGUGCGGCGUAAGGGCAGGAUUUCACUCUGAGCAUGACUCCCCUUCAUGCUUCCACAACUGCACAUGGCCGUCUCACGGAGCAGGUAGAGCGCUUCAUCUAGGUGGCACAAGGUCCCCUCCUUGGAGUUGCGGACCCCAGAGCCCCUCAGCGGAGGCCUGAAAAGGAUCUGCAUGUUCCCUACUCUGGGAGGAAGUAGGGUGAGGAGCCCUGUAGAUCCUUCAACUCGGAGAAGCCAUUGCUGGCUGAGUUUGCUUUUCAUUACUAACUCGGUACUUGCCUUAGGGCUGAUCAAAGCGGUGGUCAGAGCUUGUUUUCCUCCGUGGGACUUGAUCUGAGAUGUAGAUGACCCUACUCCUUGUGCCCAAGCGAGGCCCGCGGGCUGCCAAAGCAGCCUUCCCUGGAGCUCACGUCUGAGCUGCUCCUCGCACCUCAUGGCUCUCACCCUCUGAACAGGUGAGGCCGGGCUCACUCGGGGGGAUGUCGCCAUAGACCCAGCCUGUGAGCGCAAGCGGCCCAUGGUCAGAGGAAGAAAGAAACCAAGUGAAAUGAAAGGAUCACCGCGAACCUAAUGUGAUUGGCCACCGCAUAUAACACUGCUCAUCAGACGAAUUAUUUUAUGAAAAUUUUUGCUGUCAACAGAAAUCCAAUAGAGGUGACAUUCUAGACUCUUCUUUGUGUGUCACAGAGCGAAGUAUUUUUCCACAUUUACUUGCUGUCUCUUCCUCUUCGCUGCACCAUUCCCAGAAGUGCCUGCUGGUUUGGUUUCCCUGACUAAAGAAUCGCCCUUGUCACUCACUCACCAUUUUCAUUUUCUCGCCAUGCUGGGCUCUGUUUUGCGACACCAGCAUCACGCCUGCGUUCCUACCACAACUCCUUCCAAUUGCUGGCCUAAGCUUAGCCAGGCUCAUCAGUCCAAACGCGACACCCAAGCUCUCCGGCUUCUGUUUUCGGCCUCCACCGCCUGGCCAGGCCACAGCCCCUGCCGGUGCUCCCUUCUGCUUGGGUGCUGUGCUCAGGGCCUGUCGUCUAGCUCCCUGGGUCCAGAUGCCGAGUGAUUCCUCGGGCAGCGACGCAGAUGCGCCCUGUGGACCUUCCCUCCUCAGUGGUGACUGGGACCUGGGCACGCCCAGAGAGGGUACAAGGCGGGUGGCGCGCAUGCCCUGCAGCCCGCACGGGGGAUGCUGUUCAUGGGGGCUGUUUCAAGAAACCCAGCGCUGCAUUCUUUGCAUAUAUUUACCACUUAUGAUUCAUCCACUGUGAACAAUUUCUUGACACUAAUCAAAUCCACUGUUUUUAUCAGAAAGCAAAAUAAAAGUAUAUUUUAUACUAAAAAUGAAAUAAUAAAGCAGUGAUUUUCUAAUCAAAUAUAAGGACAACUGUUGUAGAGAAGUUAACAUAAAGUUACGUUUUCCACUAUAUGUGGAAAUA